UGCUGAGCAUGCGCAGAUGAUUGGCGUGUCGAGAGCUGAGCCCCACCCGGCGUGUACGCGUGCGCAGUGGUGCUCUUCUCUUUUCGGUAGUCUCCAUUCCAUUGCUUGGUUCGCGUUGACUGACCAGAGUCCGCGAAUCACUUUCGCCCGGUUUUGUAGGUUCCCCACGGAAGAACAAGCCAGAAUGUCUCUUCACCAGUUCUUGCUAGAACCUAUCAGCUGCCAUGCUUGGAAUAAAGAUCGUACCCAAAUCGCAUUAAGUCCUAAUAACCAUGAGGUUCAUAUCUACAAACAAAAUGGCAACCAGUGGGUGAAAGUUCAUGAGUUAAAGGAGCACAAUGGUCACAUUACAGGUAUUGAUUGGGCUCCUAAAAGUGACCGUAUAGUGACCUGCGGAGCUGAUCGUAAUGCAUAUGUGUGGAGCCAAAAGGAUGGAGUGUGGAAACCUACACUUGUUAUCCUGCGUAUAAACCGGGCAGCAACUUUUGUCAAGUGGUCUCCAUCGGAAAAUAAGUUUGCUGUUGGAAGUGGAGCAAGACUUAUAUCUGUGUGUUACUUUGAGUCAGAAAAUGACUGGUGGGUGAGUAAACACAUCAAGAAGCCAAUCCGUUCCACUGUGCUGAGCCUUGACUGGCACCCUAAUAAUGUGCUUUUAGCCGCUGGAUCCUGUGAUUUUAAGACCAGGGUGUUUUCUGCAUACAUCAAGGAGGUUGAUGAGAAGCCUGCUAGUACUCCAUGGGGAUCAAAAAUGCCUUUUGGUCAACUAAUGUCAGAGUUUGGUGGAGCUGGCAGUGGUGGCUGGGUUCACAGUGUAAGCUUUUCUGCUAGUGGAAAUCGCUUGGCAUGGGUCAGUCAUGACAGCAUUGUGUCUGUAGUUGAUGCUUCAAAAAACAUGAGUGUUUCCCAGCUAAAGACUGAAUUCUUACCUCUACUGAGUGUCAUCUUUGUAUCGGAGAACAGUGUGAUUGCAGCUGGGCAUGAUUGCUGUCCCAUGCUUUUCACCUAUGAUGACCAUGGUUCAUUGACAUUCGUUUCAAAACUGGACAUUCCCAAGCAGAGCACUCAGCGCAAUAUUUCGGCUAUGGAGCGCUUUCGAAACAUGGAUAAGAGAGCAACCACAGAGGACCGCAAUACCGCCUUGGAUACCCUUCACCAGAACAGCAUAACCCAGGUGUCCAUUUAUGAUGGGGAUAAAUCUGACUGCCGCAAGUUUUGUACCACAGGCAUUGAUGGUGCUAUGACUAUUUGGGACUUUAAGACCCUGGAGUCCUACAUUCAAGGCCUGAGAAUUAUGUAAUCGAAGAACAGUCUUCACUAAAAAGACAAGAACAAGCGUCAGGAUCUCUGAUACCUGCAAGUAAUGGGAGCUUGUGUUAGAACUUCACUGACCCAUCUAGCAGUAACUGGCAUAUUCCUUUACAAAUGUAUUGUCCAUCAUUGUGUUUUUGAGACCUACAGCUUGUCACUUAAAAAGAUUAAUACACAUUAAAAUGAAACGUGCUCUUGA